CUGCACUGUACUGCUCUUGGUUUCCUAGAGCCCUGUUGGUCCAACUCCGGACAAUUUGAUGAUAGCGGUUUUGGUGGGAGCCUGUUGCGUGUGGCAUGGGCACUGGGGAUUAUAUCUGUGUAACAUUGCGCGGAGGCGCGCCCUGGGGCUUCAGUCUCUGCCAAGGAGAGGGGGAUGCCUACCGACCUUUGCAGGUUUAUCAGGUGGAAGAGGGGGGUCGUGCGACCCUGGCUGGAGUUUGUGAGGGGGAUGAGGUGGUGUCGCUGAAUGGAGAACCCUGCGGUGACCUUUCCCUCCCAGAAGCUAUUGCUCUCAUUGACGCCUGCGUCAACUGCCUGCAAUUACUGGUCAAAAGAUGCUGUGCACUAACCCCCGAGGCAUUUAAUUCAGAGGAGACCUACUUUGGCACAAGGGAGUCCUCUGGUGAGGCUUUGGAAAGCACCAACCUCCGCAUCCUGUCCCUUUGCAGGCCCCAACCACCCAGAGAGCUCUACAUCGCUGAGUCCCAGGAUGAGACCUACUAUGGGGAGACGGAGAGUGACACGGAGGCCGCCAGAGGGACCCAUCUGGUCCGUACCCAGCUCUGCGGCCCAGAGUCCCAGUUACUCGGAGGGGGAGGGUACGGAGGUCGAGUAGGACCCCAGGGAGGGGGUUUCUCCCCAGGGGCAAUGGUGGAGCUCCAGUUGUCCCUCUCUGAACACACCCUGGAGGAUCCUGUCUGCACCUCCCUGGGGAGUGCUCUUGGAAUAGAGGGGGAGAUCCAGGCAAGAGAGGCCCUCCAGAACAAGGCCCUCCUCCAUACCACCACCCACUCGCUCUACGUCUGUGGCCCAGCUAGGGAGCCCCUAAGUCAGCAUGGAGUUGUGGAGAUCACCCUGCAGCAUCCCGCAGCCGGAAGGGGUUCUCCAUGUCUGGUAGAGGGGGAGGGUGCCUGUGGGGCCAGUGGAAAUGUUGGUGGAGCCCCCAGGGAGGAAGGAGCAGGGCAAAGCCAGGGAGCUCCUGCCUCCUUCACUGUCUCCUUCGGAAUUCCCAAAGAGGGUGCCGAGCCGGCAGAGGAGCCAGACUCGGAUUCGGAGAAGGACCUUGGGAAACCCAACAAGCACCGGGCCAGGCACGCCAGGCUCAGGCGCAGUGAGAGCCUGUCAGACAAGCAGGUGAAGGAGGCCAAGUCUAAAUGUAAGCGCAUUGCUAUUCUUCUGAACGCUGACGCUCCCAACCCCAACAACAAGGGGGUGUUGAUGUUCAAGAGGCAUCGACAGAGGGCCAAGAAGUACACACUCGUCAGCUACGGCACUGGUGAGAGCGAACCAGAGUACGAGGAAGACGACAGCGAGGAAGACUACGAGGAAAAAGACCCCCGAGCGAUCAAAUUUACCCUCUUAGCCACCACCAGCGAUUCAGAGCUUGACGACGACUUCAUUACUAAUGCCCAUGGUGGAGGCAGAGUGAUAACCUGCGACUGGGACACGGGACUACUCAAUAUCGAGCGCAAGCUCAAUUCCGGAGAGGAGAUGGAGCAACUGCCCAACACCACGGGCAAGGGGGCCACGAUGUUUUCCCAGCGCCGCCAGCGCAUGGACGAGAUCGCUGCCGAACAUGAGGAGAUGAGGCGCCAGGGGAUUCCUGUGGAGGGAGUGCAAGAGGUGGAGAAGCAUGCAGCCUACCAGCAGAUGGAGGAGCGCUCGUACAUGCAGGCCACCACAGAGAGCCAGGCCUACAUGGACGUGAACGUGCACCAGAAGCAGCAGCAACAGUAUCAGCAGUUCCAAGAACAGCAGUAUUACGAGCAGCAACAGCACCAGCAGCAGCAGCAAUACCAGCAGCAGCAGCAAUACCAGCAGCAACAACAGUACGAGCAGCAGCAAUACAACCAGCAGAAGCAAUACCAGCAGCAACAACAGUACGAGCAGCAGCAGUACCACCAGCAGCAGCAAAUUCAACAGUACUCAUCUAACAUGAAUGGCGUCGCCAACCACCAAAGCAAUGAAAUGCAGAGUUCCAUGAGCAAUCGAACCCCCCAACCCUUCUCGGUACAAAACCAGGUGCCCGUCCCAUUUCUUACCCCAAUGAGUGGGAACAACCAAGAAGCGAUGAGUCAGGGGGAGCAGAUUGCCUCGCGCGACGAGCGCAUUUCAACGCCGGCUAUUAAGUCUGGGAUCUUGCAGGACACAAGAAACAGAUUCAAGGGCAAGCCAAUGUUCAAUUUCAAACAGGCUCCCAAAGUUCCACCCAACCCGGAGCUUAUGAAUCUCCUCAACAGGAGUGACAAGAAGUUGGAUUUCGAGUCAGCUACGGAAGAGGACUACCUUAGCUUGGGGGCUGAGGCUUGCAACUUUCUCCAGUCACCAAGGGUCAAACAUAAGACGCCUCCACCAGUCGCUCCCAAGCCCAUCAUUAAUCCCAACUCUCCACCUUGGUCCCCUCAGCCUGAGCUGGCCAACCAGGAGUUGCCACUGCAUGCUGAAAAUAGUGUCCCCGCACCUGCUACAGCCUCUGAGCCGGAGUCUGCCCCUGCUCCAGAACUGGAUCCAACCCCUGUACCGGCCCCAGAACCCUCCCCCCCUCUUGCACCCCAGGAAGUUCCUGCCAACACCCCCUCUCCAGAAAAACACACAUGGAGUCCCCCAGGGUCCCAGGCAGAGCAGCAGCCCCAGCAAGCGCCAGCCUGGGGAAGAAAUGGACCUUCUCCACCUCAGCCUCAUUCACAACCCGAGCCUCAAGUGAGUUCUAAGGCUCCACCACAAACACAGGCACAACAGCAGCCACAACUGCAGCCACCCGUGAGUACUUGGACACCUGCUGAAAUGAAGCCCCAAGCUCCAGCUCCAAGUCAGUCCCCACCACAGCUCCCUUGGGUGACUCCCCAACCUCCUCCUCCUCAGCCUCAAGCUCAGCCUCAGCCACCAAUUAAUUAUUGGGCUGCCCAGCCCCAAUGGGCUCAACCUCAAGAGCAAGCACAGGUCCAACCACCAUGGGUUCAGCCUCAAGAACAAGUACAGCAACAGCCCCAGUCACCUUGGGCUCAGCCUCAAGAACAAGUUCAGCAACAGCCCCAGCCACCAUGGACUCAGCCUCAAGAACAAGCACAGGCCCAGCCACCAUGGGUUCAGCCUCAAGAACAAGUACAGCAACAGCCCCAGCCACCUUGGGCUCAGCCUCAAGAACAAGUUCAGCAACAGCCCCAGCCACCAUGGACUCAGCCUCAAGAACAAGCACAGGCCCAGCCACCAUGGGUUCAGCCUCAAGAACAAGUUCAGCAACAGCCCCAGCCACCAUGGGCUCAGCCUCAAGAACAAGUUCAGCAACAGCCCCAGCCACCUUGGGUUCAGCCUCAAGAACAUGUACAGCAACAGCCCCAGCCACCAUGGAGUCAACAACCUCAGACUCCACAACAGGCUUGGCCCCAGGCCCAGGCCCAGGCCCAGCCUCAGCCACCUUGGGUGUCAUCACCUCAGCCUCCAAUGAAUGCAUGGACACCACCACAGAGCCAGGCCCAGCCACCACUGCCACCUUGGGCCCAAUCAGCCCAACCCCAACCUACAGCUCAGCCCCAACCCCAUAUGAAUACAUGGUCCCAAGCACCUGCUCAGGCUCAAGCACCUGCUCAGGCUCAGGCUCAAGCACAGCUACCCAUUAAUGCCUGGACUCCAGAUCAGAAUCAGGUCCAGCCACAUUCACAUUGGGCCCAAAAAACUCCAACCCAAUCCCCAUCCCAGCAAUGCUGGCAACAGCCACCUCCACAGCAGACACCCCCACAGCCACCUAUGAAUGCAUGGGCCCCGGCUCAGGUACAGCCUCAGACACACACAAGUACCUGGGCCCCACAACCACAGCAAGCCCCAGUAAAUACCCAGACCCCGAUGGACAGAGUGGCUCAACCUUCUCCGAAACCUGGGAAUGCGCCACAAAAUGCUCCCCGUUCUAUUCCUCCACCUCGCCCACAGCGAAUGAAUUCUUACACGCUUGGAGAAAGGUCAUCGUCACCCCUCAUCAAUCCAAUGGCCAGCGUGUUGGUACCAGUGCGAGGCAUGGGCUCAGCUUUGUCGAUGCCGGCUGUUACAGGGAAAGGAGCUGAUUUGUUCGCCAAGAGGCAGUCUCGUAUGGAGAAGUAUGUAGUGGAUUCGGACACUGUGCUGGCAGCCACUGCACAGGCAGCCCAGCAAGCCCAGGCCGCCACUGCGCAGGAAAACAAGGCAAGGUCCACAUCGCCCUCUCCCUCCGUACCUCAUUCGUGGAAAUAUUCACCCAAUUGCAGAGCUCCCCCUACAUCAAAUUACAACCCCAUACAGUCCCCGUCCUACCCACCAGGGGCGAUUAAGCAACCCCCUCCAUCUAGCCCUGCGGCCAAAGCCAAGACAGGGAAAGGCAAACCUGCCUGCAAACCCCUUGCUGUUAUAGAUGUCAUGAAACAUCAGCCGUAUCAGCUCAAUGCCUCCCUUUUUACAUAUGGCCCAGCAGUGGAGGCUGCCGAGGCUGCCAAGGCCGCUGCACCAAAGCCUGCCCCAGCCCCUGCCCCAGUCCCUCCAAACCAAAACCAAAACCAACCAAUCAGUUAUGAGCAACUUUCCCCUGUCCAGCCGGCUGGACCAAUGAAUUCUGCCUAUCCACAGCAGUCCCAGCAGCCCUAUGGGAUGCCCCCUCAACCACACAUGCACGAUAGUCCCUACCACCAAGUCCCACUUAAUGCUUACCAGCCACCUAAUAACCCCUACCAGCAAGCUCCUGCUGGCCCUUACCAACAACCAUAUAAUCCCCUUUACCAACAAGCCCCUCCAGCCCCUUAUCUACCCCAGCACCAUCCCCAGCCCCAAGCUCCAAACUCUUCCUACCAACCGACCCCCCAAGGUCCAUAUCAGCCAGCCCAUAGCCCCCCUUACCAAGCAGCACCCCAAGCCCCCUACCAGCCACUACCCCCCAGUACCUAUGUGGUCCCCAGCUUUCCAAUAGCGGCAAAGCCUGAGUCCAUCUCUGGGGGCAGCAACGCUCCAAAGCCCAGGUUCAUGGCCAAAAAGAGUUCAGCCCAGGUAUGGAAGCCAGCACCUGUGGAGAAAGAGUGAAUUUGAUAGGAUGACUAAGUGAUAUUUGCUUGAAACAACAUAAGAUCUAGUUAAAAUAGACAUUCAUACAAAUGCAAUAUAUUCAUAGAAGGCUUUUAAGAUGGCUUUUCUAAAUAUUUUACAGCCAACAUAUUUUUUUAAAUGAUGUCACAAUAUGACACAUUUUAGAAUGUCAAAUAUCAUAAAGUUCAGAUGUAGUUUUCCACCAGCUAAGCAAAGCUUUUCAAAGUUUGUUUCUUAGCAUUAAUGCAAUGCAAAACACAUUGAACAUGAAGUAUAUGAUAUUGGUAUAGCUUAUUAUUUACCCGAGCCAACAAAAAUGAUAAAAUGUAGAUUUUCAGGAAAGCCAUGAAAUGCAUUCAAUGGACUUAUGAUGUGAAUCAGUGUUGAUUCAUCGGAGUCUGUGAGCAGGCAUUGACAGAAUGUGAACAGGUGAGUGUUUAUUGCUGAGGAAAAAAAUGGAAAUGAGAGUAGAUUGAAAGGUGAUUUAAGAAAAUGUUGGUGAUGAGUACUAAGGAGGUGCCUGAGCGAGUGCUAAUUUUGAGAAUCUCUUCUGCAAUAUCAACAGUGUAUUUGUUAGCUGUUAAGAUGUGCAAUAAUGGUUUGUCAAAAUUGAGCUUGAUGACAAAGAGAAGACUAAAUGAUUAGUAGUGACUAAAGAGGUUUAAAACAUGGUAAGGGAGACCAGGACUGGUCAGUUGAAAUAUAUUUAGAGACAAGUUUGAGAACUGUCUGACUUUAUUUGACAUAUUCUCCUGAGACCCAGAUUUAGAUCAUUUAUACAUUUUUUAUUAAGUUUAUUAAGUUUUUGGGGUGAAGAAAAAAAACAUGUCAAAGGAUGUUCACUGUAGUGGCCAUUAGGACUGGGUUGAUAGUAAAUAUGAAAACAUAUGAACAGUUACAGUAAGUGGGGGUAGUAGGUAAAGAACAUUGUUUAGCUCUUAUUUAAUGGCACAUAUGAUUACAUUGCUCUAAAACUCACCAAACUAUUCCUGAGAUAUUUACCUAUUAGAAACCAUUUGAAUAUCAAACUCACAAAAAUGAUAAUUAUACAAUUGCAGACACUUACUAUGAAAUGUGCUAAUUGUGAUGGUAGGCAUUUUGGAGAACCAUAAAGAAAAAAAUGAUCAAGGUGACACCCCCACACAUGUUAUCAUUGGAAAGCCCAGAAUGUCCUCUCAAAGGUACAACAGGAUCUACCACAGUGGCAUGUAUGGCCUAAGAGAUACGGACCAAAAACGAAUGUCCAUUAGAGAGGACGAAAAUUAAUUCCUGGAUCUUAGGAGGAUAUGUAUGUUUUGUAUGUAUAGUGAAAUUAUUUCGAUUUGGUGGAUAUAUAAUGCUCAUAUGCUAUAAUGAAUAGGAAACCUGCCGAAAUAAUGUUCACAGGAAAAUAUUCAUAAAUUACAUUGCAAAAAGUUAAUGUAUUGUAUUUUAUGGAAGUGUAUAGGUAACUGCCAAAAUAAAGGAAACACGAGUAAACUAGAGAUAGAAAGUAUAUUGAAAGCAUGUGCUUCCACACAGGUGUCGUUCCUAAGUUCAUUAAGAAAUGUUCAUCUCAUCAUGCAUAAGGUCAUGUAUAAAAAUGCCCAGUUGCCCAUUAUUUUGGCUACCAUGGCUAGAAGAGAUCUUAGUGACUUUGAAAGAGGGGUCUGAAAGGAGCAUGGGGGGUUUAAAGGGUGUGUGUGUGUGUGUGUGUGUGUCUGGCCCCCAUCUCUGAGAGGUGGAAUGUACUUGGACGAAUGUAGGAUGUAGAUCGUGUACAAUUUCCUUCAGCGUCUUCCAAAGACCCUACUUGAAUGGUUUGGUUUUAUUUUAAACUUUUUACCAGCUGUUGCGUCAUGUUAGGUUCCUACAUUUAAACUGUCCCAAUGUCACAGAUUAUAUGUUUGUGUGUAGUGAGAGCUGUUGGUUUGGGAGGGUUAGUCGGCUUGUAUUUCACCUACACGAAUGGCAGUCACGCACUACCUCUCUAGCUUUGGCCUACAAAUGAUUGUCUUUUCUCACUUUUCUGAUUUCAGCUUUGCAUCCUUUUUCUAUGUUUCUGUCCACCUGCUCUUUGAUUUUACAUAAUGCCAAAAACAAACAUCAUUAAAGGGAUAUUUAAAUAAGCACAAUUACAGAAAAUAGGUGAGCUAGGAUGAAACCGCCCUGAAAUGUUAAAGGUAUAAUUUCGUAUAGGACUGCUUCCUUUCGUUCUUCAAGUUGUUUCUUUUUCAUUUUCUUUUGUGUGUUUCUUCUCCAUAGUGCACUUUCUGUAAGAUUCACAUCGGUGCAAUUAAAAUGUAUUUCAUCCUUCUG